AAUUGAAGGUUAUUUUAUCUGGUGUAGUCCUGGAGGAUUACUUGGACAUCAAGAACUUUGGGGCUAAAGUGGUGGGCCUCACCUGCACCCUGGCAUCUGGCAGCACCAUCUUUCUUGGAAAAGUGGGCCCCUUCAUACAUAUUAGCUGCAUGCUUGCUGCCUACCUGGGCAAGGUUCGAGUUUCAGCCCUUGGAGAAUAUGAGAACAAGAUCAAGCAGAAUGAGCUGUUGGUGGCUGGAGCAGCAGUGGGUGUGGCCACUGUCUUUGGGGCACCCAUCAGUG